CAGAGAGAGAGAGAAAGAUAGAGAGAGGAGACACAAAGCAGAAAUAACAGAAGAAAAGAGAUGCCACAGUGGAGCGCUGCAAAUCCACCCUCCAGACGAAGUCCAAAGUCUCCCGAUAUCAAACAGACAUCAAAAGGUGUGCAAAGGGACAAACGCCCCGACAUUAGGAAUAAAGCCAGAUUGCCACUGUAGCAAAAGGAACUUGGGGAAAGCAGAGGAGGAAGCCAUCGCAGAAACUCAACCAAGGGUGGAUACUUGCUCCCUGCCUCUGGACAACUGAUAGCAGAUACCACUGAAGUUCCUUUGACACCCAAGUGGAACACAGACAGACAAAAAGCCUUUAGGGGGGUUUAGAGGUGGUCACAGGGUGCGCAAAACUCUAUCUUUCCACCGUGUCCUCGCCGGGCCACAGAUAGCGCCUGGAGGCAGACUGGAGCUGAGAAGCUCCCUUGGCAACGUGAUGGUGGGUCUGGGGCUCUUGCCGUCGAGGAGACUGUCGUUCGUCAUGUCGCGCGUCCUGCUGGCCUCGCUGGCUCUGCUCCUGUGCCCCCCGUUUGGGGGCUGCAGCCCCAUCGAGGCCCCCGAGAGGCAUCGGCCGGCGCCCGGGCUGGACGACGGGCGCGGGGGGGUGGUGGACCCCUCGCUCCUGGAGCAGGACAGCGAGGUGGACGUGCAGAAGCUGCUGGAGACCCUGAAGGGGCAGUUCCUCCGCACGUUCAACUUCUCGGGGCUGGGGGGCCCUCGGCCGCAGCCGGGCACCGUGGAGCGCGUGGAUCCUCCCGAGUACAUGAUGGAGCUGUACAACCGCUUCGCCAACGACCGCACGUCCAUGCCCACCGCCAACAUCAUCCGCAGCUUCAAAAAUGAAGACUCCUCCCCUUGUAUUGUGGGUCCACGAGGCGUGAGAAUCCACCUGCUGCUGUUCAACGUGUCCCUCCCCCACCACGAGCGAGUCACGGCGGCCGAGCUCCGCCUCUACACCCUCGUCCAGACCGACCGCAACCUCUACGCCGGCGUCGACCGCAAGGUGACCGUGUACGAGGUGGAGCAGCGCUACCCUGGCAACAGCGAUGGCGGUGGUGUUGACGUCGAUGGCGGUGGGGCGGGGGGGGUCAAAGGGGGCGCCGCGGACAACGGGUCAGACGCCGGGUCAGACGUCGGGUCCGAGGAGCGGACGGCGCUGGUGGAGCUGGCAUCGCGGCAGGUGUACGGCAUGGACGACGGCUGGGAGUCCUUCGACAUGACCGCCGCCGUGCACCGCUGGCGCAAAUCGGGCUCCACCACCACCCACAGGCUGGAGGUGCACAUCGCCAGCCUGGACGGCGACGAGGGCGGAGAGGGAGAGCCCGGGCCGACGACGGCGGGGGGCGAGCGGAGCGACCGUCCGGCGGCCGACGCCGGGGACAUGGAGAUCGAGACGAGCCAGGAGGACCGGCACCGGCCGCUGAUGAUCGUCUUCUCCGACGACCAGGCCGGAGACCAUCGCGGCGACCGGCGCGAGCUGAACGAGAUGAUCGGCCACGAGGCAGGCGGCAACGGCAAUGGCAUCCAGGAUGGCGGCCUAAACGGUCUGCUGGAGGAUCUGGGCGAGAUGGGCAACGGCGGCGACGACAACGAGCCCGACGAGGAGGCCCUCAUGCAGAUGCGCUCGAACCUCAUCUACGACACGUCCUCGCGCAUCCGCCGCAACGCCAAGGGCAACCACUGCAAGAAGAACUCCCUCUACGUGGAGUUCAAGGACAUCGGCUGGGACAACUGGAUCCUGGCGCCCAGCGGCUACGAGGCCUUCGAGUGCACGGGCGUCUGCUCGAUCCCGCUCACUGCGCACGUCAAACCCACCAAGCACGCCCUGGUCCAGACGCUGGUCAGCCUCAAGAGCCCGCAGAAGGUGGCGCCCGCAUGCUGCGUGCCCACCAAGCUUGACCCCAUCUCCCUUCUCUAUCUGGACGACGCGGGGGUGGUCACCUACAAAUACAAGUUUGAGGGGAUGGUGGUGGCAGAGUGUGGUUGUCGAUAGUUAAGAGCGAGCGCACAGAACUUUUCCAAUGUCUUAGUGCCCAUAACAAACCCAACAGAUGACCCUAAGCUGUACAUAACCACACCACCAGUAGAGAGUCAAGCAAACAAAGCAUAAAAAACAUGCGGAUUUGAGAUAGAGUAGGCAAAAACACUUCAACUACAGACAUUAGUCCAUAUUUAUAUUUGUGUACAGCUCAAUCAAAAUGUUUAGAAUGUGUACAAUGUGUAUAUUUGGUAUUUCAAGACAGAGAUUAUUUUAUUACGUCAUGUACAGAAUGUUUUCUUAUCAUCUGCUAAAUGUGAAUGAAAUAGCAAACUGUAAAAAAAGGAAGAUAGUUUAUUCUCUGCCACAAUCUCUUGUCAUAUUGUUUUAUGGUUGGUUUAUGAGCCUAAAGAGUCAUCCAGAAACCAGAAGUAAUCCAACGUGAAUGGGAAGAGGCCGAGACUGUAAAAACAAACUCAAAAUCCCCCUCCAACAUGAAUCAGAGAUCCUAUCUGGGGGGGCAUGCAACAUUCUUCUCUGCAUCAUUGACGUCAGCGGCAGGCAGAAAGUGUAUUGCGCUGCAUGUCUUCUUUAAGUGGGUGUUCCGCUGAAAUGCCAGCACACUGGAGUGGACUCAUAAACUCCCAACGCCAAGGGGUCAUGCAUUUGACCUCUAGGGUGACAAGGCAUGUGAAGAGACUACAAGCAUGUGAAACGGGCUGCUCUCCUUCAGGAGAUCAGGGUGGAUUAGAAUGGAAAGGGAGCGAGAGCAACAAGAGCAGGACAUUGAGAAACAGUGCGUUUCUCUUCCAGUUCUCUGUGGAGUUUCACAGUUUGGAUAAGGACAACAAAACAGUUUGAUACCUGCAAUAGUUUGUCUCCGCAGAGAGAGACUGUCUAUGGAGCAUGCUGCCAGCCCAGUGCAGAAAGGAACUAUUGUGGCCCUUCCCAGGAUCAAUCUGCCAGAUCUGAAGACAAAGCAAAAGAGAAACAGCUGCGCUACCUACCGCGGCUGUCCAUGACUCACUCAUGAUGUGGAGGGAUUUACAGAGGAAUGCUGUGGUGUGUGUGUGUGUGUGUGUGUGUGUGUGUGUGUGUGUGUGUGUGUGUGUGUGUGGAGUGUGUGUGGAGUGUGUGUGGAGUGUGUGUGGAGUGUGUGUGUGUGUCGCGGGGGAGCAGAUGAAUGAAGUCUUGGGACAUUCCACCACUCCUAUUUCAGGCUUAGGACUGGGGUACAGCACAGAGGGUGUGCAGGGGAGGGGGAGAGCAGCGGACAUCUUCCUGGACCGAUCCUUCUCCUCCCCUUUGUUGUUGCAAAAGAGGGGGGGGGGGCUGUAGGUUAUCACCCCUCACCCACCUCCACGGUCUACAAGAAGUCACAUGUACCGACCCCCCCCCCAUUCCUCUACCACUGACCCCCCCCCCAUCAUACCCCCAUCCCCCUUGCGUGGCCGCCGAUAAGGAGGUGUCGGCACUGUGAAGCAUGUGUGCUGCCAGCCAGGGCGGUGGAGCGGAGCGCUGGACCCCAUUUGUUUCCGCGCCAUCGGGGAGGUGAGCUGGUGGUUGGUGGUGGGAUGGAGGUGGGCGGUGGAGGUGGUGAUGGUGGUGGUGGUGGUGGUGGUGGGGGUUAGCGAGUGGGAGUAGCGAGUGUGGCUGAUGAGGCCUGAGUGAGAGCUGUCGAGAUUCCAGGCGGCGCGCAGGGCGGAUGGGCCAUGGCAACCUCCACCGUCGCCCGGAGCAACUUGCUGACCCCGGGUGACCCCUGCCGCGACCUCAGGGCCUCUCCUCAUCGCCCCUCGCUCUCUUUCUGCUUUCUCUGCCCAGCCCCUCACCCCAGAACACACACACACACACACACACACACACACACACACACACCAACACACACACCGUUAUGGAAAAGAUCUGUGUUUGGGCUCUUAUCAGCCAGAGGUUGAGAGGAUGAGUGGAAACUGUGGCCUGUGAGGCUGUCCUCCCACUUCUCUCCGUCUCAGACACUCCCGUCAUGUCAGACCAGAGACUGCUGGGCCCAUCCUAGAGCUCACAACCCACACAAACUCUGGGCUCACAACAUAUGGAAGGUUCUCCAGCCAUCGCACCAAUCAUCUGGGCUCUCAAAAAGUCAAACACCUCCCUGUUUUUUUUGCUGCUUGGAUACCAAAAGAUGCCUAUUUAUUGAUUAAUUUAUUAACUUUUACUGUCAUGUUUGUAUAGCAGUAUAUGGUAUGUGGACAUUUCAAUACUAUGGAUUAUACCCAGUUGUAUUGUAAAGAGCUUAAUCAGAAAGACGUACAGUAUUUAAUUUAAAGUUUCAAUGUGUUAAAUGUGUUUAAUUUUGUAAGGAUUGUUCUCGUUUUUGAAAUAAACCCCCUUGUAACACCCUGGUGACAAUGUCUUAGUAGGUUUCACACAAGACUUCAUAUCUCCUGCUUAUUUAUGUUAAAUGUUUAAAAUAGUGACUGCGAGAGGAAAGACCGACGGGUUCCUAUCGCCUCCGACUGCCCUCUGAACUGGUGGAUAAUUUUAGACACAGAAUGUCCAUAUCUGAAUCGUUGGGAAAAAAAAGGAGUUGGGGCCUCCAUUGAGAAAUCUGAGUGAAUGCUGAGAAGUGUCAGCUGCCAGGCCAUAGUUUACAUGUGUCCGACAAAUGGCAAGUCAUGGGAAGCCAACUGGAAGCCUGGCUAAUGAACACAAUGAAUGGCCUGCUUCUUGUCUGGCUGACUCCACACGAGGACAGCUUCUCCAAACAACCUGUUCAACUUUCUCUCUGUUUUUCUCUGUGUUUGCUAAAAUAGGGAUAAGCUAGGGCUAGAGGUAUGUACAGAAUGUAUACAUUUGGCAGUGCAGUGUCAUGACCAAUUAAAUGUAUUGUUUUUUUCC